AUGGCUGCCAUCAACACUGCUCUUAUUGCCCGAGAGGCCACCGAGGCCAUGAACGCCUUCGCCAAGCGUGAGAAGAGCUGGCCCGCACGAAAUGCUGGUGUCAUGGUCGUGUUCUGCAUCGUCUUUGUCGUUGCCGUCGGCCUUACUGGUCUGUACAUCUCCAAGUGCCUUGCCCGCCGCAAGGAGCGCAACCAGCCCAAGUACUAA